GUGAAGUGUUCGCCGUGGAUGUGUGAAGCCCCCGGCCGCGUCCCUGCAGCACAACACGCUCGCUCCACUUUCAUUCUGCUUCGGGUCUCGACGUUCACCGAGAAGAGAGUCCGGACGCUUCUGAUGCGGAGAUUCACCGGAGCGGGAGCCCGGCGGUGAGGCGCGCGCACGAUUCAGCACCGUGGACAGCGCGCAUCGCCGCAGUGGAUUCAACCGGUGGCAGCGGCGCGAAGGGAACGUUAGUCGGAUUCUAUUGCCACAAUUUAUCCAUGCAGUCGUGCGCUGCUCGGAAUCACGCGCGCCGCGGAUCACUUGGAGACGUUUUUUCCCUCUGAUGCGCACCGUCUUUGUGGGUGUAAGGAGCGUGUCGGAGCGGUUGUGGAGUAGUGGCAGGCGACUCCUUCCUUAGAGACCCUCCAUUUCCAAGGAUGCUGUUGGGAAAUGCCUGGAGACAGAGAUGAUGAGAUUUGUCAAAAGGCACUUGAACUCCUGUCAGAUCUCUGCUCUAAAGGGGAAGUGCAAAACGAGAACUGCCUGGAUUUUAUCUACUAUUUCCGAGACCUGGCCCGGCCACGCUACACGGACUCAGAUGUGUCGGUGAGCCUCUUGUCGCUGGUGGUCACUGCCUGCGGCCUAGCUCUGUUUGGAGUCUCACUUUUCGUCUCCUGGAAGCUAUGCUGGAUCCCAUGGCGAGAGCGAGGACUCUCCCCCACGACCAAGGAGCCUCAGGGGCACAUCAAUCCCGGCAUGAGCCCUCUGCCAUCGCAGCCUGCACCCCGGCAGCCGGUCUACACCGCGGUGGAUCCCCCUACCCUCAACCGCCGUGAGUCCUCACACUGCUCCAUCCCGAUGGAGCCGACGCCGGUGGCGUCAGUGGUGUCAGUGGAGGCUCCGGUGACGCCGGUGUCGCCCCCGCCUGCGGUCAUGGCCACGCCGGAGGCAGCGAUGAAAAUCAGCCACACGUCUCCUGACAUUCCGCUCGACGCCCAGAACAAAACACGGGAGAACGGGGUUCACACUAAUCCACGGAUGCAAAGACAGACCACGGAGCCCCCGCCCUCAGGCCGCUCCAUGGCUGAAAUUGGACAAGGGUCCAUCCGCCGACAUAUGAAUUUAUCAAACCCAGAUUUCAAUGUGGCUCAGUUCCAAAGGCAGGACUCCCUCACCGGAAUGGGUCUGGGCCUGGGUCGCCUCAAACCCGAGCUCUACAAGCAGCGCUCUCUGGAGGGGGACGAUGGCAGUCGUCGAGGCAGGGGCUGCGGACGCCUCCACUUCGUUCUCAAGUUCGACUGCGACCUGGAACAGUUGAUCGUCAAGAUCCACCGAGCAGAGGACCUCCCGGCUAAAGACUUCUCCGGGACUUCGGAUCCUUACGUCAAGAUCUACCUGCUGCCCGAUCGUAUGACCAAGCACCAGACCAAGGUGCACCGCAAGACACUGAACCCCGUUUUCGAUGAGGUCUUCCUGUUUCCUGUGGCUUACUCGGAGCUUCCCACGAGAAAGCUGCACUUCAGUGUCUACGACUUUGAUCGCUUUUCACGACAUGAUAUUAUUGGCCAAGUGGUGGUGGACAACUUCCUUGAUCUGGCAGACUUCCCUCGGGAGACCAAGCUGUGCCGCGAAAUCCAGUAUGUUUCUACGGACAAUGUGGACCUUGGGGAUCUGAUGUUUUCUCUCUGCUACCUUCCAACCGCGGGAAGACUGACGAUAACAAUGAUAAAGGCUCGCAACCUUAAGGCCAUGGACAUCACCGGUGCCUCAGAUCCAUAUGUGAAGGUGUCGCUCAUGUGCGAAGGUCGCAGGCUGAAGAAGAGGAAGACGUCAACGAAGAGAAACACGCUCAACCCCAUCUACAAUGAAGCGAUUGUGUUUGACGUUCCACCUGAGAACAUCGAGCAGAUCAGCCUUCUGAUCGCAGUGAUGGAUUAUGACCGUGUCGGCCAUAAUGAGGUCAUCGGUGUGUGUCGGGUCGGCAACGAUGCAGACAACCUCGGCAGAGACCACUGGAGCGAAAUGCUCACAUAUCCCAGAAAGCCUGUCGCCCACUGGCAUCCACUUGUUGAGUACCAGGGGACGACAGGAAGUAGCCAGGGAGGAUCCUGUAACUCUUUGAAGACGCCUCCUUCUCCCUAGCCGCGGGCGACUCCUCACAGAAGCACACUGGUCAAUCUCAAGCCUCGGCACGUCCUCCGGACACUGGCUCCUUCUAUAUCGUACACUUACGAUGAAAGGAUUUAAAGAUAAAAACAAAGUAAAUCUGGAGCGCUGCUCAACUGGAUCAGUUGCAUGUUGAAUGAUUGCCAAGUUUUAUUUUCUAAGUUACGUUCUUGAAGAGAAAAAAAAGAAAGCCAGACUGCGACAGACAUUUUACGUCUGUUUAUCUUAGUUUUUACAAUCGUUCCUGUUUUUUACAUUGUCUCGUCGCUUGUUUAUUGAGGUCAGUCUGUAUUUGCACAAUGUACUAACAACCAGUCAAACUGCCAGUUAUUUAUUUAUUUAGUUGUUUUUUUAUUUGGUGGCAAUUUGGUGCAUGAGGUCUUGGCUUGGUGGGAAAUCUCCUCGUCGAUUUGUAUCCGAGUCUACUUUCGGAGUACGGUGUGUCGUUCCGUAUGUUGAUGUGCAGUGACGGUUGAUUUUUCGAGAAAGUAUCUGUGAGCUGUUAA